AGCCACGUCCGCCCCGUGCUGCCACCUACAGGCUGCGUAAUCUCAGUCACAACCACGCAAGGUGGAGUGAGUUGUGUUUAGUGUUUUAUUCGAUGUGAUUUAUUACAAUUAUGGUUGAUGGUUGCAGAGUAAAUGACGAACACUUGCGACCAGCGAGAAAUGGCAAAGUAAGGGUUACACCGAAAAUCAUUAUCAACAAGAAAUUUUUUACGAGUUUGUUGUCGGAGCCACGUUACGCCAUGUACAAUAAUAACAAUCAGUACUCGGGGCAAGGGUACCAAAGUACCUACCCCCAGUACCAGCAGAGCUACAAUUCAAAUUACGGAUAUGAGGGGUACCCUCAAAGCCAGUACAUGAACACGGUAAGUGGUCACAAGGCGCGUUUCGUUUAGUUACUGUUAAGUUUGUGUCGAGCACAUUUCACAAGACACCAAUUUUACAGAAAAUCAACAAAAAUCAUCUGAGGUUAUUUAAGUAAAAAUUAAAGUAAAUUAGUUUGCACAAAAUGGAAGUAUUAAGGUGACAGUAAGUGUGUGUAAGGGUGUCACUAACGUCACAAAUUUCAUUAUUGUUUUACUUUAGAAUGUUCAGCCAGUGCCUCCAGGUGAGGAAUACCCGCAAAACAAUUGGGCACCGGUUGGGGGCUACCAUAACAACGUUCCAGCCCAAGCUUCAAGCACUACCUUUGACGGCAAAAACGAAGACGAAGGUUAGUGCAACGACAAUGAAUUUAUACCUCACUUUACCAUUAAAAAUUGUACAAUUUUUUGUUAGGCAAGAUGCUUUAAUCACAGUUUUAAUUAAAGCAACUUGCACAAGCUUUACUAUGUUAUUAUGUGAAUCAUGGUUUGUAUUUUUUUGUAUAAUGUUACGUCUUUAAUAAUGUAUUUUCGUAGGCCGGAUUAUAACAGAGUAAAGACAGGAUCAACGAUAUUUAUCAACCAAUGGUGUGGCACAAGAAAGAAAAGCACAGAACGCCCAAUUGAUUAAACAACGUGAAGAAUAUGUGCGAAAAGCGCGCGUUUUACGAAGAGAACUUGAACUUCUUCGCAACCAAAAACAUGAAAUUAUGUCGGAAAAUUCCUCACAGCGUGACAUGGAGUUGAUUUUGAAGGAAAAUGUUAAAUUACAGGACGAAAUUCAAACAAAAAUGAAAGCAAUACAUAAUGUCAUUGAGAUGUUGUCGAGUAUUAUCAAAGACGGUUCGAAAAUUUCGGAUCUUGAAGCUCAACUAGAUGAAUCACCGAAAACCCAUCAUAAAAAUCAUGUGAAAUCCGAUUCGGUUGAUCCUGCAAUCAAAUAUAAUUACAUGCAUUACGAUCCGGAAUUGCAUUGGUGUCGAAUGUGUGAUGAAUUUCCUAAAACGGCCAAAGAUUUUCUCUUACAUUUACAAAGCGAUAAACAUCGUAAUAACAUACAAGAGAACGACGUUGGUGAUAAUACACCAUGGCAUAAAUUACCACCAGAACCGGAACUUCCUUGCUAUGAAGGAGCUCCCAAGAAAAGAAUUCCAAUUCGAGGAUUGCAAUUUUUUAUUUCGGCUCCAGCUUGGUAUUGCAAACUUUGCGAUACAUGGAUUGGUGAUUUACAUUGUGCUUCACAUCAUUUAAAAUCACAAGCCCAUUUUCAAAAUUAUGCGAAUUUCGUCGAACAAAAUCCACAUUGGGAAAUUGAGUGGUUAAAAGAUCGCGAAAAAGCAAUGGCUCGUAACGAGAGACGUGGUCGUUCUUCCGAUUCAGAUUCCGAUAAAAAGAAGAAGAAACAUCGAAAUAAAAGAUCAUCAAUGGAAUCGAGUAGUAAAGACAAGAAAAAGAAGAAACGUUCAAAGAAACGUAGGAAGCAUUCCAGUGAUACGAGUAGUAGUUCAAGUUCAUCCGAUUCCUCAUCGGAAGAAGAAGAAAAUAACGAUAAAUCGAAAAGUAUUCGAGUUGUGAUGCGUAACAUGAAAGUCCAAUCAAUAAUGAAUGAGGAUUUAAGCGGUAAAUGGGAAAUGUUGGAGCGUUUAGUCGAUCAACAUAAAAAAAAGGAAGAAAUGCAAAAAAGUAAAGAAGCACAAAAGAGAGAACAACCGGAAGAUAAUUUGAUAAAUCAAUGGAUGACAGUGAGCGAACCUCAAGAAAAAGAAAAAGUCUUACUUGAUAAUUUAAAAGAUAGAAUGAAGCAAAAGCAAGAAUUGGAAAGAGCAAAAUAUGCCGAAAUGGAAAAGAAACAACGUGAGAAGGAACGAGAAGAACGCGAAUUAAAAGAGAGAAAAUCAAGGGAAGAACAAGAAGCUAAAGAACGCUACGAAAGGGAACGGCGUGAAAGAGAUCGAGAGGAGUAUGAGAGAAUAAGGGACAAAGAUCGCAAUCAAGUGAGGUUCAAACCGAAAGAUCGGGAGAAUUACAGGAAGAGGAAGACGCCGUCUCCUAGCCCUGAAAGGCCCCCAGAAAAACCCCCACAACCACCACAACAAAGACAAUCGAAGGAGAGGAGAGAGACACCAAGCAAGGAGGAGACCAGGGAAAGGAAGAACAGUCGUGAGAACGGACGAGAGAGUCAAGAGCGCCCCAGAAGUCGCAGUCGAAGCGAAGAGCGUCGCCAGAAUGAGUCAAAGAAGCCCUCAGGUCCGCCCACGAAACGUUUACCGUUCAUUGGCCGAAUGCCACUUUUCAAAAACAAGAAAGUGGAGGAAAAAGUGGAGAAAGAAAUCAAGAAGGAGGAUUACGAUCUUCCGAGAGUUACCCGUUUCCAGCCUGGAAACCUAGCACGUGCAUUCCUUCCACAACCCGAUGUUGUGUGUUUUCCCAAACUUUCGAGUUAUCCCCCGAUUUCGGCACCACCUCCACCGAGUGUCUCACAGCCUGAUCCUCCAGCACCUCCGAAAAUUAGCGAAGAUAAACCACCGAAAGCACCACCAGCUCCGAAAAUUGGAUCGAGUGAAAUUGACGAUAAAAAGAGUCCGGAGAAAGAAGAGGAGAUGUAUGAGGAUCCGAGUCAGAUGAUGAUGAAUCAAUAUUAUUCCGAUUAUAGUGCGAUGUAUUCGCAAAUGUAUGACUAUUCACAGUGUCAGGAGGAGCCGCCACAACCGCCGCCCCCUGAUGAUAUUCCAUUGGCGCAUACCAUGCCCUUGCAACCGCCCCCGUUGCCGCCAAAUGACCCCAGUGAGGAUUUGGCGAUGUUGGGAAUUAGUGCAGACGAUAUGGCUGCUCAAAGUUUCUAAGUUUUUGAUAUUAGACAAUUAUUUUGCUGUAGUUUGGCCGAUUGGUCGCUAUUUUUAAGACCGUAAUAUGUUAUUUGCCUUAAUAAAUGCGUUUCUUUUGUA